AUGAGCUCUCAGGAAACCAUAGCUUCAUUCACCUGUGCUGGGCGAAACGACAGCACAGCUGCCCAGUCGCCCCCUGAGGGCCAAAGGUGGGAGCCCACACCAUUCGACCCCGAACUUCACUACGGCGCUGGAGACGAUAAUGCCUUGUAUAAUAUUUUUGCGACAUGGCCAGAUAACUUCUUCAGCAGCCUUCCCAAGCCUCAUGGCAACCGCGGUGUCGAUGAGCCUUAUUUAGAAUUAAGACAAUCCCAAAUAUUCUUGGACGACUGCUUCCGCGGCAAGGGUACUCGGCGCUGCUGCACAACAACGAUUCCCUGUCCAGAUAAGCUGGACAGAGAGCGUAUGCGCCAGCAAGUCCAAUUGGAGGAAGCCAAUACUUACAUAACACCCAAAGCCCUCUUUCGGUCUGCUCUAGACCUCGCACGCGAGCAAGCAAAGCUUGACUCCUCAUUGGCAAACGCUUUGGCUAGGCAUCGUCGGACAUCUGAUCUGCGGAGGGCUACUUGUGAGAACCCAAGUGCAUCACUCUCAUUGCUACAAAGGCGAGAUCGACAGGAACAUCAAGAACGUGACGAUAACUCAGACACAGGCUCUAGUACUCAAAGUCAGUCUAACACCAUUCUCAACCCGCCGAUUCCUGGUCCCCUCACUUCAUCAAUAGAGGCUCUCCAGUCCCAAGUCAACAACUUUGCAAAGGAAAACGGAUUUGGAGUGGUCAGACGGAACGGCUCGGGUAGUAGUGUACGGAAAACCCGGUACGUAUUUGAGUGUGAUCGGUAUGGCCAGCCGCGCCCAUCCAGAGGGGCAGGGCUUCGCCAGAAACGCUCUCGGAAAUGCGGUUGCAAGUGGAAGGUUGUGGGGGAAGCGUUAGAAGAGAACAAUUAUAUGUGGACUCUGCGGGAGUUUGCCGACCUUCAGCACAGUAAACACAAUCAUGGACGGAGUAUAAGUCUCUCAGCUCAUCCAAUUCACCGGAGGCUAAGCGACUCUGUCAAGGCAACGGUUGAAGCUAUUAGCCGGCGAGUCGGCAUACGGGCCCGCGAUAUACGUGGUGUUGUUAAAGAAAAACACCCCGGCACCGUCUAUACGCGUAAGGACAUCUAUAACGCUAGGGCGCUCUUGCGCCGCGAGAAGCUUGACGGGUUGAGCCCAACAGCCGCCUUGAUUAAGCUCUUCGAUGAGAGAAGCAUCCCAUAUAUUGUCAAAUGGUCAGACGCAGAGCCUGACCGCCUUGUUGGCCUUAUAUGGACCUUUCCAUACUGUCUUCGCAUGUGGAAACGAUUUCCCGAAAUCAUGAGCUUUGAUAACACGUACAAUACGAAUCGUUUCAAGCUGCCCCUCUUCCAGGUGACGGGGCAGACCUGUCUCAAGUCUAUCUACAACGCCGCUUUCGGAUUGAUCGAUAAUGAGAGACGGGAAGGUUUCCAAUUCCUCGCUGAGGGACUCAGACAGCUAAUUGUGGAGCAUGAAAUCCAGUCACCGGACGUGAUCAUCACGGACUAUGAUAAGCAGAUGAAGGCUGCAUUGGAUAGCCAGUUCCCCGGCAGCCAACAGCAAAUUUGCAUCCACCAUGUCAACUCAAACGUUCUUCUCAAUGCCAAACGAAGGUGGAAGGACGCAGAGGAGGAGGGUGACGGCUGUGGACAUAACAGUUCCGACAGUGAACGGUCACAGGCGGCACUAACCUCGAGAGAUAUGGAAGCUGUCCGAGCUGUAGGGAAAGACGGCAGCCCGCCGUUGCGGACUGACCACACCUCACCUGUGCCACACAACUAUCGCGGAGUCCUUGAAUUAUGGAAGUUCGUGGUCUUCGCACAGACUAAAGAUGAUUACGAGAAGGCCUGGGCGCGUUUAUGCGAUGAGUUCAAUGACCAGCAGAUAAUUCUGAUGUACCUUUACAAUACUUACUUGCCUGUAAGUGCGCAAUGGGCACAUUGCUUUAUCAAGAAGUACCGCAAUUUCGGGGUUCGGGUGACUUCUGGCACGGAGGCGAGCAACAACAAUGUCAAGAGUUAUCUGCUCAACGGCAUGAGCAAUUUAUACGGACUUGUCGAAGCGAUCGAGGGCAUGUUGGCUGAUCAGCAGCAGGAUUCCCUUGAUGACUGCUCGCAAGACGAAGUGCUGACCGCACGGGCGUACUCCGGGCCGGGCUCAGAAUAUCUAGGGGAGCUUCGCAUGGUGAUGUCCCAGCCGGGGCUUAGUCUUCUCGCCAGAGAACACCGCCAUGCGGUCAAGUCAAUACCAAGCAGGUCCUGCCCUUGGCCAGAACCGAUCGGAAAAUGCAACGAGGACUGUACCGUCUCCUGGCAGCUGGGGAUACCUUGUAGUCAUACAAUUUAUAAUAAGUUGGAAGCAGGAACAUUCUUAACGAAAUGGGACGUUCAUCCUCGGUGGCAUUUGAGGGAGCCGACUUCACGCAACCCCUACCGCAGAAUACUCGAUCCCAAGGUUGCAACAAGCCUUCGAGGGUGGCCGAAGAAUGCCACGCAACCUGUCCCGGAGAGUAUGGUAAUUAAUCGGCCAGCCAGUCAAAGCCGUGACGGCCUGGCAGCAGCAGGCAAGACUAUUAAAGAGAGCAAGGUUACACGAAAGAAGGCUGCCCUCGGACCAGGCAAACAGACUGGCGUACGACAGGCUGGCCGCAGGAGGCAGCUCAGCGUACGGAGGACCCGAUCCGAAUGGGAGAUCAUCAGCGAAGAUGAGGCUCCGGAACCUGCCCCGAAACGUCAACGUCGAGGCUCUCGUAGGGUGCCAGCCGCUUCAAUGUCAUCCGCCGCAACAAAUUUGGGCCAUGAGACAGAGUGUGAGGAUUGUAUCAACGUACCUUUUGCCACCGAAGAAGAAUUUGAUCGUUAUUUCGAUAAUUUAGACAAGAUUGCUGGUGGGGGCAUUCAGUUAGCUGCUUCGACUGCGAGCUCGGGGACAACAGAGAAAUUCACGUCACCGGAAGAAUCCAUUGAUCAAGCCUCUCGGGUUUGCCAUACAACGUCAACCACCUUAUACAUUAACAAUGACGAUCCCGGCAAUUUUGUGAACUCAGAGUCCGAAGAUGAUCCAUCGUUGUCAACCUCGAGAGCGGAAAAAUCCCCCUCGAGAUUCUUUUCUGCAAAUACGGAACACAAGUCCAGAGAGCGUACGCUGGCAAGACCGAAGGCGAAGGCUAAAAAGAGGGGAAGACGUAGCAUAGUGAAAGGCUUAAAACGGAUGAAAAGGGGAAAACAACAACGGGUAUUGACAGUAUUCAAAAACUGCAACGUCACUAUAUUUAAAGCGUGA